AACCUUAGACUACACUUCCUUUCAGAGAAGAACCAAAGAUGGCACCAGUGUUCUACUUUGGGCUCUGCCUCCUGGGCUGCCUGGCCUUUAGCCCCUCCACUGAAGGGGUCAGGGAUCUGUCGUUACCUCGCCCUCGGUCCCCAUGUCCUGCUGGAACUCUUUACUACCGAAAAAUGUGCUAUGAAUAUCUGAGUGAUCUUCUCUCCUGGGAAGAUGCUGAGGAUUACUGCGAGUAUUGGCGAGACGGUCACUUAGCUUCCAUUCAGUCAAAAGCAGAAGAAAAUAUUAUUUCCAAAUACAUCAAGAAAACUAACAACCCAUCCGGGGUCUGGAUUGGUUUCCACGCCACACCUCAAUCCUCGGUCAAGUGGGAAUGGACUGACGGCUUGGCAUACCCUCCUGGAUCUGCACUUUGGGACGGCAGGAAACCCAGCACCAGCACAUCCAACCAGUGCAUUGCACUCGUCAAUAUGCAGCAGCCAACAGUUCCUGUCAGGUGGUCACAGCAAAACUGCUACAGCUUAUAUCCAUACGUGUGCAAGUUCUCAGCAGCAAACUAGGCCUCAACAACACUUGAGUCAUGAAGAGAGGACGUCCUUUGAGAUCCAGGGAAAGAAGGCUGCCUCUAGCAACACUGCAAAUUUCCCAAACUUCUUCAGCAUCAAGAAGCGACCAGGCCCUUCUCCUGUUCCUGGGGGUCUCUCUCAAAACCCAAUUGCAAUAUUCUUUUCUUCCCAUGUAUUGCCCAAUGUCUGUACCUUUCCCUACUUUUGAUUCCUCCCACUCUAUAAUCCCAGUUUGCUUUGUCAAUCCUGCUCAAAGAAGGUGAAUCCCAGCCUGCUCUUCCUUCCAUGGCAAAAGGUGUGCCUCUCCAGAGCCCCCUCCUUGCUUUGGCAUGGAACAAACCUCCGGGCUCAGAGCAAACCUCUUCUAAUGAAGGACAUCCUCCCCUGGCAGAAUCUAUAGUUUUCCAUGUGGGACAUGAAGAUGAGAAAAAAGCCAACGAACCACAUGGGUGGGUUGGGUUGGGGUGUUGGCCUCUGCCAGGCUUUUGUCUUCCUUGCUGUUCCUCUUCCCCUGAGAUAAUAAUAAAUCCUUUUCUGAGCA